AUAAAAAAAAACCACAAAAAAGCAAACAAGAAACCUUCUAAUGCAUACCACAAAUUUCCUAAAACAAACGAGAAAUACCACAAACCAAACCACAAAUAUUUUGAAAGCACACCAGAAAACUCGUAACGCAAACCAUAAACAUCGUAAAGCAAACCACAAAAACAAACCAGAAACGUCCUAAUGCAAACCAAAAAUAUAUUAAAACAAACCAGAAACCUCACGAAACAAACCACAGAAUUUUCAAAAACACACUAGAAACCUCAUAACACAAACCACAAACACGAUAAAGCAAACCACAAAAACAAACCAGAAACUUCCUAAUGCAUACCACAAAUCUCCUAAAACAAACCAAAAACCCCACAAUGCAAACCACAAAGUUUUUGAAAGCAAACCAGAAACUUCUCAAUGCAAACCACAAACACGAUAAAGCAAACCAGGAACUUCGUAAUGCAAACCACAAACGCGAUAAAGCAAACCACAAAAGGCAUACAAAAAUGUGAGAAACCAAACCAUAAAUCUCACAAUGUAGACCAUACAUCCGGUGGUCGUUGACCGUUGACCGGUCAACGAAGUUCGUUGACCAAACUCCGAUGACCGUCAGUGACCGGAUUCCGGCGCCGAUAAGCAUAUUCCGGCCCCGGUGACUAGAUUCCGAUGCCGGUAAGCAUAUUCCGACGCCGGUAAGCAUAUUCCGGCGACGGUGAGCAUAUUCCGAUGACAAAAUAGCAUAUUCCGGCGACAAAAAAGCAUAUUCCGGUGACCGGCGACCAGAUUCCGGCGACCGGUGUCCGGAUUCCGACGACCAAAUUUUUGGGCAGAAAAUAAAAAAAAUAUUUUUUAUUUUUUUAUUUUUUUAUUAUUUAAACAGAUUUUUCAUAAUGACAAUUAUACCCCUGCUUUGAUUUUACACUAGGUCAACUAAUCUAAUAAAAAGUCAUCACAAUCCUAGCUUCCUAUUGGUUGGAGACUAGUGUUGUUAUAAUAACAACACAAAGAUUGUUGUUAUACUAACCGGUCCCCUACAUAUGGAGUGUAGAAUGUAGAUAGAUGAAUCGCAUUAAUUACAUAAUGCCAUCAGUAAAACUUAUUAUAGUUGAAAGAGUUCCAAUUACUUAUAAUAACUCAAAGACAAUAUGGUAGGAUUGAAUUUCCUUACUAUUAAUAACAGUAGUGAUGGGCCCGCCGGGUGCGGUGCAGGGAGUUAGCAGCAGCGGGGGAUACAGGAAAAGCGCAGCGGAGGCCAAACUGAAAGUAGCGAUAAAUGGGUUCGGUAGGAUCGGGAGGAACUUCUUGAGAUGCUGGCACGGGAGGAAGGACUCGCCAUUGGACGUGAUUGCCAUCAACGACACCGGAGGCGUUAAGCAGGCUUCGCACCUCCUCAAGUACGACUCCACCCUCGGUAUCUUCGACGCUGACGUGAAGCCUGUUGGCGAUAACGGCAUCUCCGUGGACGGCAAGGUCAUCAAGGUCGUCUCAGACCGUAAUCCGGCCAACCUUCCCUGGAAGGAGCUGGAGAUCGACCUGGUGAUAGAAGGCACAGGAGUUUUCGUGGACAGGGAUGGCGCAGGGAAGCACAUCCAAGCGGGGGCCAAGAAGGUGCUCAUCACAGCGCCAGGGAAGGGAGACAUCCCAACCUACGUGGUCGGGGUCAACGCGGACGCUUACAGCCCAGACGAGGAUAUCAUCAGCAACGCCUCCUGCACCACCAACUGCCUGGCUCCUUUCGUCAAGGUGCUCGACCAGAAAUUCGGUAUCAUCAAGGGCACUAUGACCACCACCCACUCCUACACAGGGGACCAGCGCCUCCUCGACGCCAGCCACAGGGACCUCAGGCGAGCCAGGGCUGCUGCCCUCAACAUUGUCCCUACCUCCACAGGAGCCGCCAAGGCUGUCGCCCUCGUCCUGCCCACCCUCAAGGGCAAGCUCAACGGGAUUGCCCUCCGUGUCCCCACCCCUAAUGUCUCCGUCGUCGACCUUGUCGUCCAGGUCUCCAAGAAGACCUUCGCCGAGGAGGUCAACGCCGCCUUCCGUGAGAGCGCCGACAACGAGCUCAAAGGCAUCCUUUCUGUUUGCGACGAGCCCCUCGUCUCCGUCGACUUCAGGUGCACCGACGUUUCCUCCACGGUCGACUCUUCCUUGACCAUGGUCAUGGGCGACGACAUGGUCAAGGUCAUUGCUUGGUAUGACAACGAGUGGGGCUACUCCCAACGGGUUGUAGACCUCGCCGACAUCGUUGCCAAUAACUGGAAGUAGAUCCACAUCCAUCCAUCCUUCCUACCCACUCUAAGCCAUUAAUUCCUCCUUGGGUGACCUUGGUAUGCAUGAUGCAUCCAUAGUUAAACAAAACUGUCCUAUAUUAUAUAUAAUAUGAGACUAUCUUUGAUCAUAUUUCAUUCAGAUUGCCCCUUUUUACUUCUUUUCCCUUGAAAAACACCAAGAAAAAAUGUUUGGGCCCCUCCAUUGCCGUUGGGUUAACAUGAGUUCGUACAUGCCCAUUCCAUUUCUGUAUUUAUUAUACAUCUUGUCCUUACAUAUAGGUAUUGGUUUUUCACUAAGAUACGAAACUAAAUGGACAUGAUUUCAUUAUAUUUCAUUUUGUUAGGAUCCCUUCAAUGUUAGAUUGUGACACUUUUAUUAUGAAUACCAAUAAAGAGAGUCCAUCAAUAUUGGCGAAGAUCUCCGUCCAAAGAGAUAAAAAGGAGUGCCUGAUACGUAAUUUUUCAUUAUGAUACGUAGCUAAACGGACUUAACUUCGUUACAUUUCAUCUUGCUGAAAGCACCUCAUAGCUUGUAGGGAACCCUUCAAUGUUAGAUUCUGAUAUUCUUAGUAUGAAAUCCGGCACAGAGAGCCCAUCCUUGGUAACUUAUGCAUCCUAGAGGAUCCUAGACGAGAAUAUAUAUUUUUGAAUAGACAAAACCUGUUUUUUCAAAAAUCUAGUUUUCUUAAUCAGGUCAUAACUCAUUCAAUUUAACUCGCAAUUCAAUCAAAUUUGUAUAUAAAGAACUCAUUAAUUAUAAUUUACAUAAUGAUAUCCACCUUGCUAUGUUUUCAAAUAAUACUUUGAAAAUAUUUCUCAAUAAUACUUUUCAACUAUUUAUAGUAAAAUAGUCGUUAGUAUCUAGAGAUCGAUUUCAAUUAUAGGUUAUGUUUAACUCUAAAAUUAUUCAAAAAAUCAAAAUUCAAUUUUUUAUUCCAUUUUCCCCUUUUUUGUAGUUGUUAUUAGAAUUUUGAAAUUUUUGGUAAGCUAUAAAAGUAUUAUUCAAAAUUAAAAAGUAGCAUUAUAUAUGGAUAAUACCCAAAUAAUAUGCUAUAUGUUGGUUGAAAAAUAAUUUUUUUGUGGUAGGCUUUAUUAAGUUAUUAAAUGUAAGGGCAAAAUGGUAACAAUAUACAAAUGAUUCUUGCGAAAAAUAACUCAUUUAAAACUUUUUAACCAAGCAAUACAUUUGAAAAUAUCUACAUUAUCAAAUGUCUAUACAUGAGUAAACGAGUCAUUUUGUAUGUGUGACCAUGUCCCCGUAAGCUUUGCCUAGGUUGCUAAAAGUAGGGGUGGAAGUUUGUGUGGGUAUGGUUACCCACCUCACAUUGUGUGGUUAACCACAAUUACAAAAGCAUGAUUUUGCUAACCACAAACCACAUCAUAAUGGUUAGAUUUGUGGUUACCCGCAAAAAUUCAUGUUUCAAGGUGUGAAGCUGAUGUUGCCACCAAUGAAUCUGUAAUCCUCCACUAAAUCAUAUUGAUGUAUUGUUGUGUUGUUCGUGCAUAUUGAAUUCGGUAUAUCCUACUAAGUGUGGGGCUUUUAUCUUUUCGAGUUUCAUAUUCAAAUUUUGCAUCAAAGAGAAGAAAUAGAUUAAAGCUUUUGAUUUACAAUAUGCAAAUUUUUUUUUAUUGGAACAAGAUGCAAAUUAAUUUGACAUAGCACGCGGUAUAAAUUUUUAAUUUUGGCAGUGGGUUUUUUUUAUCAUUUUUCCUUAUAUUAUAAAUAUUUUUGAUAAGUAUGGUGAAAUUUAAAGGUAAAAUAAAAAAUUGUCAACCCAAUGUGAUUAUAGUGAGUUUUGCACAUUAACAACUGUGAUUAGUAGUUAAUCACUUACCACAAAAAUAAUGAUUUUGCUAACUAGACCUAACUACCUACAAAUUGUGAAUGAGGAUAACUACAGUGUGUGCAGGUUAGUGUGGUUUAUUAGUAAGUUGAUAUCCAAAUCUUUCAAAGGAUCAAUAAUGGGAGAAGAUCUCAGUAGUACAAGAUUGUCAAACCGGUUUAUACCGUUGUGCCGGUUUGGCAAGUGGAAUGGUACGACCGGUGGUAUAACCAGUUUGUGUCGGUUCAUGCCGGUUUAAAAAAAUGUGAAAACAAUUAAUAUCCAAUGUAUUUAAACAUAUUUGUGGACAAUUGAGUUACAAUCCAACAAAUAUCAUCAACUUUUAACUAUUACAUUCAUAAAAUGAAUAAUAAAUGAAUUUUGUAUUCAUUAAAUUCAUUAAAAUGAUGUCAUUUUACUUAGAAUACGUAAAUCAAUCAUACCGGUCAUACCGGUGGUGUCAUGCCGGUUUCAUGACCGACACAGGUUGAACCAGGUUCAACCGGGUGGCAUGUCACCGGCAUGACAACCAUGCAGUAGUACAACCACUGUUAGGGCCAAACGAAAGUCAAUUAGGAGAGAGAAUAUCAUAAUCAACACGAGCGUAUUGCUCAUGUUGCACUUAGAUCACUGUAUCUUCAAGCAUAGUUUUAUAAUUUGAAAGGUCGUGUUGAGGGCUUGAGGCCACGGUAAGCCUAAGCCCAUACCAUAUAGCUUCUAAGUUCUAACACAAUGAUGUUUAGGCCACGAUUUAGAUUGACCAUCUCUUCCAGUUCUCACCCACACUGAUGAUAUGUUUGGCUCGUGUUAGGUAAUAUGACCAUACAUAUGUUCGUUGGCAUAAUGCUCGUCUUCAAUAUUUUGGCUCAGAAUCAGAUAAAAUUUGAUAGAAACUGGGACAGACUGUUGUGACUUCUGUCUUGUAGGCCAUGUCCAGCCUUUUGGUCCUCGUUUCAACUGUUUCACGUCCCUGACAUCCCGAAUUGGUUCCUAGUUCAUUCCUUCAUGACUACAUACCGUUAAACAUACACAAACUACACAAACAUUCCGGGCAUAAAAUAUGAUAACGAUUAAGCUUUGAUUAACCUUGACAAAAGUUACGUCGGACUUGUUUUCUUUUAAGAGAGGGCUGUACACAAAAUUGAAUAUUGAAGGUUGAUUAGCUAACCAGCCUGGUGAGAUGCAACUGUACAAACAAGAAACAAGGGGGCAAAUGCAGCAGAGCUAAUUACCCAAAUCCGAUAACCACACAAAAAGGAAGCUGGAAAAGCGAUGUAGAAUAUUGGUGAUGGCUCGUAAAUGAAACUGCUGAGCUUCCAUAGACAUACAUACUCAAAUUUGGGUCAAGGCACAGUGACUAUCAGCAAAUUCUCGAAUUAUACGCUUGAGGACUCUUCCACCUUUCCCUUGCAUAUGCCCAUAAUUGUUCUUAACACCCUUGGAACUCUUGCUGUCAAGAUAAUCGACUGCAGCCCCAGCCAAAGCGUCCAACCAAUCUGGAACCAAUGUAUCAUCUUCUCCUGGCUUUAGAUACUCCACUGGAAGGCCAUGCACCUGGUCUCAACAACAUUAAAAUGAACACAUAAAUAAAUAAUUAAUCAAACA